CUGCAAACCGGAGGUGAUCCGCGCACACACACAAACAGAAACACAAACAGCGGCAUCUACCCGCGCUUGCAGCAGAAACGAUUCAUUCAUUUGUAAAACAUUUUGUCUUAUUAUAAUCCAUCUACUAACCAGACUAAAGUUACGUAUCGGACUCUUGAACACGUGCAUUCGCAUGACUGCUAUGCGCAAGCAUAGCUAACAUCUAAUCAGUCCGGGUCAGGAAGCCGUUCAUUCGGUCAACCGCUCACUCGAGCCCGAGGAUCAAAGGCCUUCCAGAGGCUAAUAACAGAAUGUCAGACUCGGACAGCGAUGAGGAUCAGGACCGCCCUUUCCACCUGACAGGGUUUCUGUUUGGCAACAUCAAUGAGAAUGGACAGCUGGAGGACGAUAGUGUGCUUGACACCGAGUCAAAGAAGCACCUGGCUGGCCUGGGGUCUCUGGGUUUGGGUUCCCUCAUAACAGAGAUCACAGCCAGUGAGGAGGACACAGCUGACCACGAGGGAGACCAGAGCAACACUGAUGCGGAGGGAUGGGUAAGGAGCACAGACGAUGCCGUCGAUUAUUCAGAUAUCAGCGAAGUUGCAGAAGAUGAAACCCGCAGAUACAGACAGGCCAUGGGUAACCUGCAGCCAGUACGGAGAACAGAUGAAGAGGAUGACUAUGAUGCUGAUUGUGAAGAUGUUGAUGCCAAACUCAUGCCACCUCCCCCACCCCCAAGCCAGUCAAUUCCUGCCAAGAAAGAGGACACACCUGCUCUGAACAGCAGUGGUGUGAGUGAUGAGGGUGAUGGUAUCAUCCUGCCUUCUAUCAUCGCUCCAUCAUCUGUGGGUGAUAAAGUCGACUUCAGCAGCUCAUCAGACAGUGAGAGCGAGAGCGAUCGACCAUCUCAGGGUUCAGGGACAGGAGGACAGAAGUGUCUAACCCUCCCUCUUGCAGGCAUCAUGCAGAAAGAUGCUGCUAAAGCUCUUCCAGGAGUCACACAACUCUUCCCUGAGUUCCGACCUGGCAAGGUUUUGCGUUUUUUGCGGUUGUUUGGUCCUGGUAAAAACAUGCCGUCUGUGUGGCGCAGUGCACGCCGGAAACGCAAACGAAAGCAGAGAGAACCACACUCAGACACAGCCACAGGUGACAACGAAUCAAACCCACCCGAAGGAGGUGCUAAGAAAAAAUCAGGAUGGGACUACGAAUAUGCACCUCCUCCCCCACCAGAGCAAUGUCUUUCUGAUGAUGAGAUCACCAUGAUGGCUCCAGUGGAGUCAAAGUUUAUGCAGGUGUCUGGUGAAGGUGACAAGGUGUCUGAGGUGAGGCCAAGGGUAGCGGAGUGGCGUUACGGUCCAGCUCAGCUUUGGUAUGACAUGCUUGGUGUCACAGAGGAUGGCGGUGGCUUUCAUUAUGGAUUUAAACUCAAAGAUGACCAAAAGCAGGACAGUACUGACGCAGCAGCAAAAAUGACAACAAAUACACAAGCAUCGGAACCAGUCAGUGAACAGGAACCAAAUAUGGAAACACAUACUGAGGAGGAUGAGGACUCAAAAGUACAGGAUGAGUUGUUUUUAAUGGUGACCCAGCUGCAGUGGGAGGAUGACAUCAUCUGGAAUGGAGAGGAUGUGAAACACAAAGGCACCAAGACCCAACGUGCAAGUCUAGCUGGGUGGCUGCCCACUAGUAUGACCCGUAACGCCAAUGCAUACAAUGCUCAGCAGGGUCUAAGUCGCAGUAAUUCUCAGUUGGUGCCACCAACCCCUCCCCCUUUAGUAAAAACUCCAUCCAUAACAGGCUCCAAGAGAGACAAGCAUAACCACGAUCAUCAAAUUUCUCACGAGGAUGACAACCCCUGGUUCUCUAUAUUUCCGAUUGAUAAUGAGGAGCUUGUGUAUGGCCGGUGGGAAGACAACAUAAUCUGGGAUGACCAGAACAUGGACCUUCUGCCUUCUCCUCCCAUUCUCACCCUUAACCCUAAUGAUGAAAACAUCAUACUGGAAAUCCCUGAUGAAAAAGAGCAGCGGUCCUCUAAUUCACCCUCCAAAGAAAACAAGAAAGAGACAGCCCUGAAAAAAAGUCGUAUUCUGCUUGGAAAGACUGGUGUCAUCAAAGAUGAACCUCAACAGAAUAUGUCCCAGCCAGAGGUUAAAGAUCCCUGGAAUCUGUCCAAUGAUGAGUUCUACUACCCCAAACAACAAGGGCUUAGGGGCACCUUUGGAGGAAACAUCAUCCAGCACUCCAUUCCUUCUGUGGAGUUGAGACAGCCAUUUUUCCCCACUCACAUGGGGCCCAUGAAGCUACGUCAAUUCCAUCGACCGUCCUUGAAGAAGUACUCAUUUGGAGCUCUUUCUCAGCCUGGUCCGCACCAAGUCCAGCCCCUACUCAAACACAUCAAGAAGAAGGCUAAGAUGCGAGAGCAGGAGAGGCAGGCAUCAGGCGGAGGGGACAUGUUCUUCAUGCGCACGGCGCAGGAUCUGACAGGGAAAGAUGGAGACUUGAUUUUGGCUGAAUAUAGUGAGGAAAAUCCCCCUCUUCUCAUGCAAGUUGGCAUGGCGAGCAAGAUCAAAAACUACUAUAAAAGAAAACCAGGUAAAGACCCAGGAGCACCUGACUGUAAAUAUGGAGAGACAGUUUACUGUCACACAUCACCAUUUCUCGGAUCUUUGCACCCUGGGCAACUACUGCAGGCUUUUGAAAAUAACUUGUUCAGAGCUCCCGUCUACCUACAUAAGAUGCCUGAGACGGAUUUCCUGAUUAUUCGACUGCGACAGGGCUAUUUCAUCCGAGAGCUUGUGGAUAUAUUUGUUGUGGGACAGGAGUGUCCUCUUAUUGAGGUGCCAGGGCCCAACUCUAAACGGGCCAACACCCACAUCCGAGACUUUCUCCAGGUGUUCAUCUAUCGUCUGUUCUGGAAGAGUAAAGAUCGUCCUCGUCGCAUUCGUAUGGAGGACAUAAAGAAGGCGUUUCCCUCUCACUCUGAGAGCAGCAUCCGCAAACGCUUGAAACUCUGUGCUGACUUUAAACGCACAGGCAUGGACUCUAAUUGGUGGGUGUUGAAGCCUGAUUUUCGGCUUCCGACCGAAGAGGAGAUCAGAGCAAUGGUCUCGCCAGAGCUGUGCUGUGCCUACUACAGUAUGCUGGUGGCAGAACAGAGACUAAAGGAUGCUGGGUACGGUGAGAAGUCCUUCUUUGCACCCGAUGAGGAAAAUGAGGAAGAAUUCCAGUUGAAGAUUGAUGAUGAGGUUCGCACCGCCCCUUGGAACACAACACGUGCGUUCAUUGCAGCAAUGAAGGGGAAGUGUCUACUGGAGGUCACGGGGGUCGCUGACCCCACCGGCUGUGGAGAAGGAUUCUCUUAUGUUAAAGUCCCUAAUAAACCAACACAACAGAAGGAUGAUCGAGAGCCCCAACCAGUAAAGAAGACUGUAACAGGGACUGACGCUGAUCUGAGACGACUGUCCCUCAAAAAUGCCAAACAGUUGCUCCGAAAGUUUGGGGUUCCUGAGGAAGAGAUAAAGAAACUUUCUCGUUGGGAAGUCAUAGACGUGGUGAGGACCAUGUCUACCGAACAGGCUCGUUCAGGGGAGGGGCCUAUGAGCAAAUUUGCUCGUGGGUCUCGGUUCUCUGUAGCAGAGCAUCAAGAACGUUACAAAGAGGAGUGCCAGAGGAUCUUUGACCUGCAGAACAAGGUGUUGGAGUCCACCGAGGUUUUGUCCACGGACACAGACAGCAGCUCAGCAGAGGACAGUGAUUUUGAAGAGAUGGGCAAGAACAUUGAGAAUAUGCUGCAGAAUAAGAAGACCAGCUCUCAGCUGAGCAGAGAGAGAGAGGAACAGGAGAGAAAAGAACUGCAGCGGAUGCUGAUGGGAGAAGAUAGCGAAAAAGAGAAGGGCCGCAAGGAACGACGCAAAGGCUCGAGUGCCCUCUCCACAAGCUCUCACAAAGAUGACGAUGCAUCCUCUGUCACCAGCUUGAACUCUGCAACAGGACGAAGGUUGAAGAUUUAUCGCACGUUUUGCGACGAGGACGGCAAGGAGUAUGUGCGUUGCGAGACUGUACGCAAACCUGCCGUCAUCGACGCUUACUUACGCAUCCGCAACACGAAAGAUGAAGACUUCAUCCGUAAGUUUGCGUUGUUCGACGAGCAGCACAGAGAGGAGAUGAGAAAAGAACGAAGAAGAAUUCAGGAGCAACUGCGACGGCUUAAACGAAACCAAGAGAAAGAUAGAUUUAAAGGUCCACCUGAGAAAAAGACCAAGAAGGCCAAAGAACGACCAGAUCUGAAGCUGAAAUGUGGAGCGUGUGGUGCGAUUGGCCACAUGAGAACCAAUAAGUUUUGCCCGUUGUACUACCAAACCAAUGCCCCACCCUCUAACCCUGUGGCUAUGACAGAGGAGCAGGAAGAGGAACUGGAGAAGACUGUGAUCCACAACGACAAUGAAGAGCUUAUUAAAGUAGAAGGAACUAAGAUUGUGCUUGGAAAGCAGCUCAUUGAAAGUGCUGAUGAAGUACGGAGAAAAUCUCUGGUUCUGAAGUUCCCCAAGCAGCAGCUUCCUCCCAAAAAGAAAAGACGUGUGGGAACAACCGUGCACUGUGACUACCUGAACCGUCCUCAUAAGUCCAUCCACCGCAGAAGGACAGACCCCAUGGUCACGCUCUCCUCUGUCCUGGAAAGCAUCAUCAAUGACAUGAGAGAUCUUCUUAAUACUUACCCGUUUCACACUCCUGUGAACGGCAAGGUGGUUAAGGAUUAUUACAAGAUCGUCACGCGGCCCAUGGACCUGCAGACGUUACGUGAAAAUGUUCGCAAGCGCAUGUACCCGUCACGAGAAGAGUUCAGGGAAAGCGUCGAGCUCAUCUUUAAAAACAGUUCGACAUACAACGGUGUAAAGCAUCCUUUAACCCUUGUCGCUCAGAUGAUGUUGAAUCUCUGUGAUGAAAAACUGAAAGAGAAAGAAGAGCGUUUGGUUCGUUUGGAGAAAGCCAUUAAUCCUCUUUUGGAUGAUGACGAUCAGGUCGCUUUCUCAUUCAUUCUCGACAACAUUGUUACUCAGAAGAUGAUGGCUGUCCCUGAUUCCUGGCCCUUCCAUCAUCCUGUUAAUAAGAAGUUUGUUCCGGAUUACUAUAAGGUCAUCAUCAACCCUAUGGACUUGGACACCCUUCGCAAGAACAUCUCAAAGCACAAGUAUCAGAACCGAGAAGUGUUUCUCUUUGACGUCAGCCUCAUUCACGCCAACAGUGUCAGUUACAAUGGUCCUGACAGCCCGUAUACCAAAACAGCUCUGGAAAUCGUGAACGUCUGCAAGCAAACAUUAGCAGAGUAUGAUGAACACCUAACUCAACUAGAGAAGGACAUCUCUACUGCUAAGGAAGCCGCUCUGGACGCUGCAGAUCUUGAGAGCUUAGACCCCUUGACCCCUGGACCGUACACACCACAGCCUGAUGUGUGUGAGAGCAGUGUGUCUGUGAGUUUGCAGGGCGAUUCUAGUCUGUUAGCCAAGGCUACGCUAAUCCCUCCCACCCCUGAGAAAAGAGGGGGGCAGGGUCGUCAUGGCAGAGGCAGAUUGGGUGAAGAGGAGUCUGAUGUGGACAUUGAAGGAUUUGAGGAAGAUGAUGAUGGAAAACCUAAAACACCUGCUCCGGCCGAAGAGGGAGAUUUUGAUGAUGAGGAUGAAGAUGACGACGAUGAGCUCCUCAUGCGGCCACAGAGACUUAUGCAUGGGGAUGAAGAGGAGGAGGAUUAUGACGAAGGCUCCAGCCGGCCAGCACAGGCCAGCGUUCUUUACCAGGAUCUGCUGAUGUCAGAUGCAGAAGAUGAUGCCAGUGAGGAGGAGGGUGACAAUCCGUUCUCAUCCAUCCAGCUGUCAGAAAGUGGCAGUGACAGUGAUGUCGAACUGGGUCAUCAGGAGAGCACCAGGAUUGGACUAGAACAGGAAGAGAGUAUGAUGUCAUAUGAGGGGGCGGGGCCUGAUGAAGAGACACACAUGGAGGACAGCAACGUCAGCUAUGGCAGCUAUGAUGAUGGAGACAGUCAGAUGCAAAGACAGGCAUCCAGCCCCGGAACAGGAGAACGGGAUGGAGAAGAAGGGUACGGGAUGAGCGAAGAGGAAGAAGAAGAGGACGAGCGGAGGAGAGGGCCUAGUGUGCUCACACAGGCCCAGCUUAGUGAUGAUGAUGAAGACAGCGAGGAAUUCCGAUCUGUUGGAGGAGACAGCGACAUGGAUUCAGACAGCUAACACUCAUUCCUGUAAAUCUGUCCUGUUAUUGAUGAUGAUGUUGUACAUAAUUGUAUAUUUUUGUACUGUUCUGAUGGUUGUUUUUUACAUGUUAUUUUUAUGACGUCUUGAGUCUAUGUGAUGGACUGGGACAGGUUCUGUGAUGAAGAAUGUCACAAAUAAAUGUUUGUUUUUGUGAACCUUAA